AGGCGCGCCGGCGAGUCGUGGCUCCUUCUCCCCCGGCGGUCGCUCGCUGAGAUGGCGGAGGCUGCGGCGCUGGUGUGGGUUCGCGGCCCCGGCCUCGGGUGCCAGGCGGUGCGCUGUGCCUCGGCCUCGUGCUCCGUACGCGAUGUGAUCCGCCGACACUGCCAGGAUCAGGAUGUUCCAGUGGAAUGCUUCUUUGUGAAGUGCGACGGAUCGCUCACGGACACCAGUGACAGGGUGCGGCAUGGCGCCGUCUAUAGUCUGGAACCCAGGCUCCGCGGUGGCAAAGGAGGGUUCGGAUCUAUGCUCCGCGCGCUUGGUGCUCAGAUCGAGAAGACGACCAACCGAGAGGCUUGCCGGGACCUCAGCGGGCGGAGGCUGCGAGAUGUCAACCACGAGAAGGCGAUGGCCGAGUGGGUGAAACAGCAGGCCGAGCGAGAGGCUGAAAAGGAGCAGAAGCGUCUGGAGCGGCUGCAGCGGAAGCUGGCGGAGCCCAGACCCUGCUCGGCCAACCCCGCCUACCAGCGGCAGUGCCACGAGAUGGCCGAGCGCCUGGAGGACUCGGUCCUCAAAGGUAUGCAGGCUGCUUCCAGCAAGAUGGUGUCGGCGGAAAUUGGGGAGAGUCGGAAACGACCCAACAAAUCAAAAACGGACAGAGGAGCCAGUUCAGGGAAGAGGAAAUGCUUUUGGUUGGGCACGGAAGGACUAGAGACCGCGGAGGAGUCUAGCUCAGAGACCUCGGAUGGCGACGGGGAAGAAGCUCCCGGCACUUCAGGAGUGAGCUUCCACACUCCCAGAAACGGCGAUGGCGCUGAGGCGGCAGCCGAAUCUGCCGGCAGCUGUCCGAGGGCGGGCGUGCGGGCUGCGGACUCUAGGCCCCCGGAGCCGCCGCAGGCGCCCGGGCCAGGCUCUGGGUGUGCGGUCUCCGCAGACGCCGGGCCGGGCCGGACCUCCGCCUGGGGGCGCGAGCAGGGGACCAUGGCCGUGGAAACAGAGAAGAGCCUGGAGCAGGGAGGGGCCGGGGGCGAGGAGCCCGCAGAAGAGGGGGCGGCCGGGGCAGGACCAACCGAAGAGUCACAGGCACAGGCACGGGAGGCGACUGACACGGCUGCCGAGGUAGCGCCCGGAGAGUGCGGGGGAAGCGCGCCCGUGACCAAACCGGAGGACGGCCGGUCAGGAAACUCGGAUACUGGUCUGGCAACUCUAGACUUGCUGGCAUUCACCUCCGUGGCGGAAAUGGAGGCGCUGGGCUUGGACAGGCUCAAGAGUGAACUGACGGCCCGGGGGCUGAAAUGUGGGGGCACCCUGCGGGAGCGGGCCGCCAGGCUCUUUUCUGUCCGCGGCCUGGCCAGGGAACAGAUGGACCCCGCUCUGUUCGCCAGGCCGCCGAGGGGGAAGAAGAAAUGAAUGGCCGUGGCCGAUUUCCUCCUCCUGUAUCGUCUGGCGUUUCUAACGUGCAUAGUGGUGGCUCUUGGCCAUUCUUCCUGUUGAUAUUAAAGCUGACUUUUUAAUAACCCA